GUUCUUUCACAGAAAGAGUGUGCAAUAAUAGCGUUUGCUCAGCACAUAUCUGACGAAGCUGCUACAGCUCUUCAACCUUCUAGCUUAACAGUUUCCGGAAAGGAGCUCAAGGUUCAGCCGAGAUAUCACACAGCACGACGUGUGUAGUUGCCAACAGCAUCGGGUAACACCUCUGUGGUGGACUCAUUAAGGAUUUAACAGGAGAAGUCACGCGCACACUGAAAAAUGGCUGCAAACGGCCAUGCUUAAUGCACUUCCCAGAAAAUUUCGAAAGAAGGAAGCAAAAUGGAUUUACCCUUAGACGAGGAGGACGGCACUUUCACCAACAUUUCUUUGGCAGAUGAUUCAGACCGUCUCUCAGGACUACGCCGUUCAAAAGCGGGAAGAGCCCGUUCUCCGAUGAUGAAUGCUGACAUGGAUGCUGUUGAGGCUGAGAAUCAGGUGGAAUUAGAAGAGAAAACACGGCUUAUUAAUCAAGUUUUGGAACUGCAGCACACACUUGAAGAUCUCUCAGCACGAGUAGAUGCUGUUAAGGAAGAAAACUUGAAACUGAAAUCAGAAAACCAAGUUCUUGGACAGUAUAUAGAAAAUCUGAUGUCAGCAUCUAGUGUUUUCCAAACCACUGACACAAAAAGCAAAAGGAAGUAAGGGUUGACUCACAAAUGAUGUCAUUGUAUUGCUGCUGUCUUUUUUUGUUUUAAUUGGCAUAGACUUCGUGAGCUAAAGUACCUUAUUUUGUGGCUUUACUGGAUACCUGAAAACUAUAAACUUCAGUGAUAAGCAGAAUUAAGAACAUUAUCAUGAACAGGAGACAUAAGUUUGUAUAUUGUUAAGAUUAAGCAAUGUGCAAAUAUAGUAUAGAGACUUACUAGAUUUUCAUAUUUGUUUUAAAUGAACAUAUCUUGUUAAAAACUGGAUUCAGUUUGUCAGGUUAAACGUGUAUGUUGGCUCUCUUUGAGGUCUUAGGGUAGUGUUCUUGACUAGCAAAAUAAUAGUUAUAAAAUGGUGUUGAAAACUUACUUGAUAAAACUAUUCCAAGUCUAAUGGCAUCACCUUUUUCACCUCGAGUAUAGUUAGAUUACUGUAUAGUACUGUCCGUAUCUCUGCAAAGCAACUUCAAACAGAAGCCUAUAAACCAGUUAGGAAUUUUCGUGAAGUAGAAACAAUAUGACAUUAUUUGCAGGGUUUGUAUACAGAAUUACAGGAUAUUUUUGGAAGGAGGAGGGUAAGGGAAGGCGAACAAGGAUAAGCAAUGAGCAUCAGGGAAAUACCAAAUUGAUGCAAUAUUAAUGUCUCAUUUGCAAGAUCUACCCUUCAAACCAUUUUUACUUCCUUGUUUCAUCAAAGAAUGAUCAUCUGCAUCAUAAUGUACGAUCCUCCUGAAGUUUUUCAGUUGUGUAGUUAACAGUUACAAAAAAAAAAUACUAAGUAAUAAGCUUGACAGAAAUAGAAAGCCAGCAGUGUUCUUCCUCGUGCUCAUUGUGAGCAAUGUGCAGAGAGGUAGUAAGAACAAGUCUUUCCUUGCCACCUUUUUACUUUGUUCCUGAAGUGCCAAACUUGUCCUCGCUUCAGGCCUUAAAGCAGCUGUUUACCUGACGCAGAGGUGGAGCUUGUGAAGCGCCUCUUGAGGCACAGCACGAAAACAUCCAAGGCAGAAGAGGCAGCAGUGGCUGUUGCCUCAAAUCUGUGCUGCUCUGAGCAAUGCCUAGCAUCCAGGUAUCCUGUUUUUCACUGGCUUGGUUUUGCUAGAAGGUUUUGGAAAGGAGCUCAGCCCAGAUUCUGGGCACCAGCACUUCCCAUAGAGGGGUAUGUCUAGCAUAAUCAGUAUUAAGGAAGAGCAGAAGCUGAAAUACAAAACGUAAGUUUUAGGUCAGUACUCAGUUGCAUGUUUCACCUUGCCAUAUAGCACCACAGCAGACCUGUUUACGGAUGUUACCUAAAGCUGAGGUCUGUCUCGUAACGAAGCUGUUUUACUUUACCUUUUAACAAGAGGAAACCAUUCAACUUUGUUGUGAUGGAUUCUGUAAAAUAAAGCUGCAGGAAGUGAAUCAGUGGAUGUCACGGCAGAAUAGAUCCAUCUCAAAACACACUUCUUGGCAGCUAAGUGCUGCUAUUUCUCAACUGUAAGCUGAUAGUGUGAGGUUUCCCCCUCCCAAAGGGGGGAAAAAGUCCUCCCAUACAGGUCGGUAUAGCACUCAUUGGAGUGUCAGCAGAGUCAAAUGACUGCAAACAAAGCACUAACAGUUUGUCUCAAAAGCUGCUUAUGAGUCUAUGUCAAGAAAUCAGAUUAUGAAGAAAGUUUUACCUGCCAAGGCACAAGUGGCUGAUACUGUUUUUGUCACAGGGUCCUAUAACCAUCUAACCUUACUUGUUACUUGUAAAUGUCUCUGGACUGCUUUGUCACUUUAUUGCCUAUCUGAAAAUCUGAAUACAUCCAAGAAUUCCUAGCAGGUAGAAUAAAUUGCAUGGCUAGUCCAGGCUUCGAGCAUUAAAAAAAUAAAAAAACACCCAAGCACUUGACUUCUAAAAAUUAUAUUUCAUUAUAGCCAUCCUAGCUUUAAAGCUGUGUCACUUCCACAUCUCCAUCUGCACUGUAAGGAGAUACCCACAAACACCAAGUGGCGACAGAGCAUGCACUUUGUUAGACUUCAGCAAUUCUCCCAAGAUCACGUAAUCUUAAAAUCACAGUUGUGUAUUGUAAGAUUGGAUAGUGAUAUUUUAUCUAUCGGUCUGUAUAUAGUAGUCAUUUCAUCUAUAUACCAUUUUACAUCCCACUGCUGUGGCCUUCAUUUAACUUAUGAGCAUUUUAAAGAUGUUGUAUUUCUGACUUUACACUAAAUAAAAACUUGAUUUGUCUCA